AUGGCCUGGGAAGAACCGAGAAAGACCGGUAUGGUCUAUCGGCGGCUGGGCAACUCUGGAUUGCACGUGUCGGCAAUUGGCCUGGGUGGCUGGUUGACAUACGGCGGCCACGUUGAGGAUGAGAAGACUUUCGACUGUAUGAAGCAGGCUUAUGACCUGGGUGUCAACUUCUUCGACACCGCUGAGAACUACACGGCCGGCAAGUCUGAAAUUGCCAUGGGCAAGGCCAUCAAGAAGUACGGCUGGAAGAGAAGUGAUCUUGUCAUCAGCACCAAGAUCAACUGGGGCGCUGUGAAUGGCGAGAUUCUCGUCAACAACCACGGUCUCUCCCGCAAGCACAUCAUCGAAGGUCUUGAGGCUUCCUUGGAACGCCUCGAGCUGAAGUAUGUCGACAUCGUGUAUGCUCACAGACCGGAUCGGUUGACUCCUAUGGAGGAGACUGUCCGUGCUUUUAACUACGUGAUUGACAAGGGCAUGGCUAUGUACUGGGGAACUUCUGAAUGGAGUGCCGAUGAGAUUGCCGAAGCUGCCGGCAUCGCCAAGGAGCUGAGGAUGAUUGGACCCAUCGUCGAGCAGCCCCUCUACAACAUCCUCGACCGUAAGAAGGUCGAGGGCGAGUUCCAGCGACUGUACUCACGUGUGGGUCUCGGCCUGACCGUCUUCAGUCCCAUCAAGAUGGGCCUGCUUAGUGGCAAGUAUAAUGACGCCGUGGACGCGCCGCCGAGCGACUCGCGCUUCGGUGUCAGCAAGGACGGCUUUGCCGAUUUUAUGCGCAGUCAGUACGGCAACGAGCCGUGGAAGGAGAACAUUGCCAAGGUUAAGAAGCUUAAGACCGUCGCCGACAAGCUGGGCGUUACGCAGAGCCAGCUGGCGCUGGCCUGGUGCCUGAAGAACCCCAACGUCACAUCCGUGAUCACGGGCGCUAGCCGCCCACAGCAGAUCGUCGAGAACGUGAAGGCGCUGUCGAUACUCGACAAGCUGACCCCUGAGAUCUUGGCUGAAAUUGAUGAGAUCACCCAGAACAAGGUUGAGCUUGACCCUGCCAGACAGAGCUAA